AUGCCUGCGAUGCACCCCAACCAUAGAGAAGUCCUCGAGGAUAUGAUCCACACACGCUACUCCAAGCUGACGCUUGGACGCAUCGAGGAGGCCCUGCAUUACGGCCGAUCGGACCCGCUGCCAUUGCCCCUCCUAGCACACACCUCAACUGAUGCCAUACACAUCGCGCUGGCGUUCGCCAUGCGUCAAAACACUUUCCUCGCUCGCCGCGUGGUGAACCUUCAACAGGAAAUGGCUGCACUGCUUCAAAGAGUGCAGAGCCUCGAGGACCACAGCCCCGUCGCGGCCUCACCUGUCGUGCUCGCUCCGCCCGCCGUCACCGCGCCCGCUCCUCCCGCCGUUGUGCCUCCGCCCGUCGCCCCAAUCACCCCCGCUCCCCCCGCCAUCGCGCCUCCACCCGUUGCCCCCGUUGCCCCCGCCGUCACCGCACCUGCUCCCGCUUUGCCCCAGUUGCUCCCGCCGCCGCCGCCGCCGCCAUCGCCGCCUGCUCCCACGCCCCGCCGCCCCGCCAUCGCGCCUCCCAUCGCCCCCGUCGCCCCCGCCCUCGCCCCCCUGUUCACCUUCUCCGAUCCCGCCGUCUCUUCUUUAACUGCUGUGCGUGGUUGGCCGGACUACUCCCUUCGCGGACAUCCCAUGACGGUCUACAAGCAGUGGUGGUUCUCCCCCACGCCGCUUCUCGAUCUCCGCGACCGCACGCUCAAGCGCUACGCUCCCUUUGAAUUCGACAACGGCAUGAGAGCGAUGAUGGGCCCGGCGGCGGAGGACGCGGAGGACAAUCGUUUCCAGGCGAUUCAGGCGAACGCAGCUGCCAUGGGGGUCCGAGUAUGGGCCGAUCCCAGUCGCCUCGACUUUGGUAACUGGGCCGACGCCUGCAUCAUCACCCUCAACGCCGCCCAUCAUCUGCGGCUCACCGCCCUGGACGGUAAUCCGCAUGCCGCGAAGGCUUACUUCGCUAUCUACUUCUUCAACGUCCACGGGGUGCUGCGGCGUCACGAAGCCGCUCGCUACGUCGUUCGACACUACGCUGAAGACUCCCCUUACCUUCCAGACGACCCCGAGCUGCGGAUCAUCAAGGGUCUUGCACGGAAGGGCAAGGCGAAGGCCAGGGCUCGUGGGUUCCUUGCAGGAGGGGGGUUCGCUCCAGUGCCUCUCACGCAGGUAUACGCUGCCACCGAUGUCCCUUUCCUCCAAGGCUUCCGCUACACCUACGACAACAACUUCUCCGACGAGUUCGACUCGGACCAGGAGGACGUUGUUUUGGGGUAG